CUCCGUCCGGGCACGAUGGCCGACCCGCCGUCCGACCCCGAGCAGCCUCCGCAGCAGGGCAGCCCCCCGGAGCCCUUCACGACGCCCCCGGAGGCGCCGCUGCAGGCGGAGCCGGAGACCCCGAGGAGCCAGGAGAUGCUGGCGGCCCAGGGCUGGCCGCAGGGCGCCGGGCUGGGCCAGUACGAGGAGCCGCCGGGCGGCCUCGCGUACCAGCCGUACCUGGACGAGAACCUGAUGCUGGAGCAGCUGCAGCAGGGCCAGGGCAGCCUCUUCCAGCAGCUGGAGUCCGCCUUCCAGGACGGGCAGCCCGACCCCCUGGCCCAGUACCACGCCUACCAGCGGGAGGAGCAGCCGUUCCAGCCGUACGGCGGGGCGCAGCACGGGCCCUACAUGAGGGACGACCCUUCCCUCCAGUUCUCGCCCUCCGAGCUGGGCUUCAUGUCCUACGACAUGGAGGUGUCGGAGCCGGAGCCCCGGGAGCUGGCCGUGCAGAACGCCAAGGCCUACCUGCUGCAGACCAGCAUCAGCUGCGACCUCAGCCUGUACGAGCACCUGGUGAACAUGCUGACCAAGAUCCUGAACCAGCGCCCGGAGGACCCCUUGUCCAUCCUGGAGUCGCUGAACCGCACCACACAGCUGGAGUGGUUCCACCCCAAGCUGGACUCGCUGCGGGACGACCCCGAGAUGCAGCCCACCUACGAGAUGGCCGAGAAGCAGAAGACGCUCUUCAUCAAGGGCGGUGGCGUGGAGGGCGAGCAGGAGAUGGAGGAGGAGGUGGCGGACACGGCCGUGCCCAACAUCAUGGAGUCGGCCUUCUACUUCGAGCAGGGCGGCGUGGGCCUGAGCUCGGACGAGAGCUUCCGCCUCUUCCUGGCGCUGAAGCAGCUGGUGGAGCAGCAGCCCAUCCACACGUGCCGCUUCUGGGGCAAGGUCCUGGGCCUGCGGCGCAGCUACCUGGUGGCCGAGGUGGAGUUCCGCGAGGGCGAGGAGGAGGUGGAGGAGGAGGAGGUGGAGGAGCUCAUGGAGGGCGCCGACCUCACCACCGAGGCGCACGGCGAGGAGGAGGGCGGCGAGGAGGACGAGGAGAAGGCGGCCGACGUGCUGCCCAAGCUGCAGUGGAGGCCGCCGCCCGUCAUCCCGCGGGAGGAGAGCCGCUCGGGCGCCAACAAGUACCUGUACUUCGUGUGCAACGAGCCGGGCCGGCCCUGGGCGCGCCUGCCGCACGUCACGCCCGCGCAGAUCGUGCAGGCGCGCAAGAUCAAGAAGUUCCUCACCGGCUUCCUGGACGCGCCCGUGGUCAGCUACCCGCCCUUCCCGGGCAACGAGGCCAACUACCUGCGCGCCCAGAUCGCGCGCAUCUCGGCCGCCACGCACAUCAGCCCGCUGGGCUUCUACCAGUUCAACGAGGAGGAGGGCGACGAGGAGGAGGAGGGCGGCGCCGGGCGCGACUCCUUCGAGGAGAACCCCGACUUCGAGGGCCUCCCCGUGUUCGAGCUGGUGGACUCCAUGGCCAACUGGGUGCACCACAUGCAGCACAUCCUCCCGCAGGGCCGCUGCACGUGGGUGAACCCUUUGCAGAAGAAGGAGGAGGAGGAGGAGCUCGGGGAGGAGGAAGAGAAGGGCGAUGAGGGGAUGGAGGAGGCGGAGCAGGAGAUUGGGCCGCCCUUGCUGACGCCACUCUCAGAAGAUGCAGAAAUCAUGCACAUGUCGCCCUGGACCGCCCGCCUGUCCUGCAGCCUCUGCCCGCAGUACUCCGUGGCUAUCGUGCGCUCCAAUCUCUGGCCCGGGGCCUACGCCUUCGCCAUGGGCAAGAAGUUUGAGAACCUGUACAUCGGCUGGGGCCACAAGUACAGCCCGGACAACUUCAACCCCAUGCUGCCGCCACCCAUCCAGCAGGAGUACCCCAGCGGCCUGGAGAUCAUGGAGAUGAGCGACCCCACGGUGGAGGAGGAGCAGGCCCUGAAGGCCGCCCAGGAGCAGGCGCUGGCGGCCGCGGAGGAGGAGGAGGAGGACGAGGAGGAGGACGAGGACGAGGACCCGGACGACUGAGGCCCCGCAGGUAGCUGGCGCGAUGUUCCUCGGAUGUAGCGAGGAGCUGGUUUUUUUUUCACUGUUCGUUUGCUUCCUGCCUCUGGGAGGCAGCUGCUCUCAAUGAAAUGUUCCCACGGCGCUCCGGCCCGCUCAUUCAUUCCUUUGCUCACCCACCUGUGGCCGUGACCUUCACGUCAAGGCGAUUGACUCUGCUGGGAGCACAGCUCCGCAGUCCCUCCCGUUCCCCUUGUUCACUCCCCCGGGCAUGAAGCGCCUCCGGGAGCCGCGGCCUGUGAGCUCAGUUGGCUGGAGCGUUGUCGCCGAGGGUUCUAUUUCCGGUCAGGGCACAUCUCUGGGUUAUAGGUUCGAUCCCCGGAGGGGGCAGAUAUGGGAGGCAACUGGCCGAUGUUUCUCUUUCACAUCCAUGUUUCUCUCUCUCUCCUUUCCCCUCUCUAAAAAUCAACGGAAAUGUCCUUGGGUGAGGAUUUUUAAAAAUAAAAAAUAAAAAUGAAAUUAAAAGCCUCCUGUCAGCUCAGUCCAGCCCAGAGGACACAGAGAUGAGCAAGCAGCCUCUGCUUUUCCAUGGCUCAGACUCUACAGGGGAGACAGGAGCACCCCCAAGCAAUGACACCCCAGGUGGUGUUGCCCAGACGACUGACAGAGCCC